AUCGUAUCUGGGUGUCAUUUUCAUUAUCUGGCCGGGCUGUGAGUUGAUGCCAGAUUAUCUGGUUGAUGUCAACAGAAUCGGCGCUCGCCGCUCCAAACCGGAGUAUGGUUGUUGUGUAUACAUGUUACAGCCUCCGCUCGUGCAUAGACAUUUGUCGUCUGCUCCUUGAUUUGACCUACUUUUGGGGUUAUUAAAAGUUUCGUCCGGAGCAAGGAUCACGCAUAUUCGGCUUUAGUUGUUCAGGUGUGAGGAUAGUUUCAACACGAAGACAAGGUUAAGUCACCGUCCACGAUGUCUGAUGUAGUGUACGAUGUUGUGGUUGUGGGAGCCGGCGUGGAGGGGUCGGCAUCAGCCUAUUACCUGGCCAAGAGGGGGAAGAAGACGCUGUUGUUAGAACAGUUCCCCCUUCCACACAGCCGGGGCAGCUCCCACGGUCAGUCCCGCAUCACCCGCAAGGCCUACCCCCAGGACUUCUACACAGAGAUGAUGCAUGAAGCCACCGACAUCUGGCGGCAGCUCGAGAAGGAAGCUGGGUGGGAGGUGUUCAGUCAAACAGGAUUCAUAGCCAUCGGGAAGCACAAAGGUGAUUAUCUAGAAAACAACGUCAGUUCCCUCCAACGUAACAACGCUCGCUUUGAGUACCUCACCCCGCAAGACUUCCGACGGCGCUACCCGAUGCUGAGGUACCCGGAUGACUACAGCUGCGUGGCAGACCCAGAGGGUGGAAUCUUACGAGCAGACAAGGCGCUUUUGGCAUACCAGGCGAUGUUCCAAAAAUAUGGCGGACGCCUUAUCGACGGUGCCAAGGUAACCAACAUCAGACGUGGUAACAUUGUUACCCUGGACACGCCCAACGCCAGUUACCGGGGUAGAAGCGUGAUCAUAUGUCCAGGACCCUGGGCGUCCCAUAUACUUCGUCCACUUGGGGUCAAGCUUCCACUUAAGAUUGUGCGAAUCAGUGUUUGUUAUUGGCGAGAGCGACAACCAGGGGGCCACGGCCCUUCUGCCUUACAACCCUUCAGUGCUAGAGGUUUUACCUGGGGUAUCUAUGGUAUUCCUUGUUUUGAGUACCCGGGUCAAGUGAAGGUCUGUCUUCACUAUGGUCCAGAAAUAGACGCCGAGUUCCGUGACCAAGCAGACGACAAAUGGGCGAUCGAUCUGAUGAAGGAAUAUGUCCGAGAGCACUUUCCAGCCCUCGAACCGUCACCAUCCAUUGUCGAAACGUGCAUAUACACCAACACCCCUGAUGAACACCCUGUCCUGGACUACGUACCCGGCAGUCGCAACAUCGUCAUGGGUGUAGGCUUCUCUGGUCACGGGUUCAAGUUGUCCCCUGUGGUGGGCAAGGUUCUGGGUCAGCUGGCGUGUGGGGAGACGCCCUCGUACGGCCUUAACCCCUUCAGGAUAGACAGGUUCCCCCAACAGGCCAGCCUCUGAUGGGACAGGCCGAUAACUGCCUCGUGUGUAUGUGUUCAGUGACAAUGACAUUAUUACAGCAGAUUGACUCGGAUAUUAUGGACCAUCGGACUUGGCGAGUAUUGUUGGUGGUUCGGGGUGGUGUUGGAGUAUAUUUGCAUUCUCUGUCACCAACGGGAAACGUCGAACCUCUGGCGGACUCAAGAAGUGGCGACAAUGACCAUAGAAAAUUGAUAGAUAUCUAACUCAUAUUACAUAUUACACGGUGAAACAUUAUCAAGUUCCUAUAAAGCUGGACAAAGCUGACCUUUCGUUUGUUUAAUCAAUUCGUCGUCGAGCCAGUGAGUCUCUCUUCAUCUCUGAAGAUCAUUGGUAGGCCAUAGUAAGGUUUCUGAACUUUAUUGGUAGGCCGAGCCAAUGGACUCUCUGAAGAUCAUUGGUUGGCCAGAGUAAGUUUUCUGAACUUUAGUGGUAGGCCGGGCCAAUGGACUCUCUGAAGAUCAUUGGUAGGCCAUAGUAAGGUUUCGGAACUUUAUUGGUAGGCUUAGCCAGUGGACUCUCUGAAGAUCAUUGGUAGGCCAGAGUCAUUUAUAAGCCGGAGCUGACUUGCUGAAGAUCAUCGAUGGAUCAGAGAUAUGAGUAUCAUUUGUAUACCAGGGUAAGAUGUCUUUAUCGAUAGGCCGCGACCCAUUUGACUUCCUGAAGAUCAUUGGUAGGCCAGAGUUAGUUUCCAAAUAUCAUUGGUGGACUUGACACUCUGAACACCAUCAUAUGUACAUAUGUAUUGAUCAUUUGAUUAUUAAAAUAUGAUUAUUAUGAGCAAA